GCAUUUUUCUGCGACUUCUACUUCCACUAGUCCAAAGAGCGAGACCAGAACACACACCUUCCAUCAUGGGUGAUUCAAAGAGAAAGUUCUCAGAUUACGAGGAAGCAGGCUCUGGCAGGAAGGAUGCUAAGCCUCGAGAAUACGUCCCGGGUCUUCACCCAUCGAAGCGAGCCAAGAACAAGAACGGCAAGAAGACCAAGGCAAAGCCCAACAACAUCAAUUGGGUAAAGAAACGAGCGCGGACGAUCGAGAGAAAGUUCAGGACGGGGCAAAAUCUUCCAGCUAACAUCAAGAACGAUAUGGAGAGGGAGUUGGAGCAUCACAAGCAGAAGAUCGAGGAGGCUGAGGAUUCGAAAAAGACGAAGAAAAUGAUCAAGAAGUACCACAUGGUGCGAUUUUACGAACGAAAGAAGGCAGACCGGCUCGCCAAACAGAUCGAGAAACAAAUUGCCGAAUCCCAAGAUCCUGAGGAAAUCAAGAAACUCGAGGAAGACCUGCACAUCGCCCAGAUAGACAGCCUCUACGCCAAAUUCUUCCCACUGCGCCAACGCUAUGUCAGCUUAUAUCCCGUAGCCACGCUAGGUCUGGAAGUUAAUGGUGGAGAGAAGCCCGAGACGGCAAGUUCGGCAGCAAAAGCUCUCAAAGCCGAGAGACCUUCCAUGUGGCCUACGAUAGAGAAGCUUGCGAAGAAGGGCAUUCCUGCAUUGCUUGAAUUCAGAGAUCGAAAGCUGGCAUCAGAUUCUCGAUCCAAGGCACCAAAGGAGCGCCCAUCGAAACACUCUUUCGCGACCAAGGCCGAGGCUCUCAAGGCAAAGAGCAAACUCACUCCGGAUGCCGCUGCUACUCGGCCAGGAGAGGGUAGGAUGUUCUUGAAGAACCCAAACAAAGCGAAGUCAGGUGCAGCUGCUUCAUCAGAUUCUUCGGACUCAGACUCGGACAGCGAUGGCGGGUUCUUUGAGAAGUAGAAGAAGUACCUACAGAAAAUCACAACGCAUUGAUACCCAGCGAGAGAGAGAGAGAGAGAGAGAGAGAUGGAGAGCUCGCGCGAGAAAGGAAGUUUGUUACUGGGUCUCAACCCACCAUCACAAUCCACAGCAAUUGUAGAUCUAUAUGAGUUUAUGUGUUAUACGGAGUAAAAGGUUUCAUUCAUUAAAGCUACCACACGCUACAUGAAAGUCACUGGUAACAGAGAGACCAGUGCUAUUACACAUACAUGAACUCGGGAGAGACACAUUAGGAAAAUUGUCUUGGUAAUGUACUUUGCACUUUCUGCAUAGCCCCGCUAUUUGAUCAUUACGAUAACCCCGCCAAGUUGCAAAUUUAACUACCAUGAGGACAAUCACGGUCUGGACUCAUGGAUAUAACCAGCUCUGAAAGAAAC